CUCUACACUAACAAUUCAGAUGUCCUUGAAACAGUGAACGAUCACAUUUUCAGAUUACCUUGUCAAAGUUAACCCGCAACGUUCAAAGGUUUUGAGGGAUGGGGAUUUUCGACAUAGUUAAAGAUGAAGUCCAUAUAAAAAAUACGCAAAAUAGCUCCAUUAUAGUCGUACCUGAUUCAGGGUUUUGUGUAAAGUUAAAAUCUAAAAAUCAGGAAAAAGUGUUUGUGAACAUAUGUACUUCUGAGAAAGUCCCAAUCCCAAAGGAUUUAACUGAGGAUGAAUUAAGAUCAAUACUUAAUGAUAUUGACAACUCCCCACCCUUCAAAGUCCCAAUGUGCAUUGGAGAACCGCACGCUGAAGUCGAUUCAGCUCAGAAAGGCUGUACCGCUUAUGAUGUCAUAAUCAAUCCACAAUUCUACCAAAGAGUCAAAUCAUCAGAAUUGUUUGAGGCAUUUUUGAUGACAGUGAUAUUUGAAGGCUUGGAAAAUAAGUAUGGCAUCGAACUUGAAAGAAGUUGGAUUGUUUUAAAGAAUAAGAAAUGUAUGGGUAAACCACAAGAACAAUGUAUUCGAACUUCUAGUCGUCCUGCAAUUAUUGAAAUGAAUGAUUCUCAACCUCCCAAACCAAAAGUGAUAGAGUUACCUGAUCCACCUUUUAAAAGUGAUACUCCCAAAUAUGAAAUAAUAAAGGUUAAGGAUGAUGUUAGUGGAGAAGUGUGUUGCUUAGUAGCACGAAUAAUCAUGCCAAAGCUGUUGUUGAGAUGAACUGGUUGAAACCUACUCGACAAUCGUGCACUGAGAAAGAAUGAAGCUGUAUUUUUUUAAAUGGUAAUUAAAAGUGCCUUUUACUAGAACGUUUAUAACAUGAUGUACCAAACUGUCUAUGUAACCUAAUAAAUUACUCUAUUUAAGAAUUCGCACUUAUAAAUCCCACAAAUAUCUUUUGAUAGGCUCCAUUAACUAAAAUAGUGUGAAAUUAAAAGUAAGACUGAAUCUUAUUUCCUACGUACUGAAUUACUUACUAGACUUUGAGUCACACUAUUUAUAUAGGAGUUGGUGGUACUACUUAAUUUCCCAGACCAAAAUAAGUAAAGUGGAGUUAUAGUUUGUGACCGCUUUUUCGGUUGUAAUCGGACUAGUCACUGCUUGUUAUUUAUACAAUAUACUUGUUAGCGGCGAUUAGCACGUAAUUUCUCUGUGAUUAAGUUUGUAAAAAAUUUACUGAACUGUAAGAAUUUAUAAAUUAUCG